AUGAGACUUGCCCCGGCUUGCGCUGGUCCCAGCACCCUGGGUGGCUUUCUGCGGGUGCUCUUGGGGUGGCGGCACCCGGCACGGCAGCAGCGACGGCUGCUGAGUGGCUGCAGCCGCUCCUCAGGCUGUUUAGAGCGGGUCGCGGCUCGCCUCACGCCACUCAGCCGGCCGCUCCGCGGGAAAGGCCCACUGGACGCACGAAGGUCGCCAUGGUUGCUGUUGGCGCCCCUGCUGUCCCCCUCGGCGCCCCAGGUGACCUCCCCGCCUUGCUGCCUGUGCCCCGAGGGCGCGCACCGCUUCCAGUGGAUCCGAAACCUGGUGCCCGAGUUCGGGGUGUCCAGUUUGCACGUGAAAGUGCUGUCUUCUCCUGCAGAGUUCUUUGAGCACAUGAAGGGGCAGAUAAGACUGGCCAGGAGGCGGGUUGUGAUGGCGUCCCUCUACCUGGGGACCGGCCCCUUGGAACAGGAACUGGUGGAUUGCCUGGAAAGCACUCUAGAAGAGUCACUGCAAGCCAAAUUUCCUUCAGACCUCAAGGUCUCCAUUCUCUUGGACUUCACACGGGGCUCGAGAGGCAGGAAGAACUCCCGCACGAUGCUGCUCCCGCUCCUGCGGCGGUUUCCGGAACAGGUCCGCGUCUCCCUCUUCCACACGCCCAACCUCCGCGGGCUCCUCCGCCUCCUGAUCCCCGAGCGCUUCAACGAGACCAUCGGCCUGCAGCACAUCAAAGUGUACCUCUUCGACGACAACGUCAUCCUGAGCGGCGCGAACCUGAGCGACCCCUACUUCACCAGCCGCCAGGACCGCUACGUGCUCCUGCAGGACUGCCCGGACAUCGCCGACUUCUUCACGGAGCUGGUGGGCGCUGUGGGGGACGUGUCCCUGCAGCUGCAGGGGGACAACACGGUGCGGAUGGCGGAGGGCAUGGUGCACCCUUACAAAGGGGACCGGGCUGCGUUCUGCAAGGCGGCCAACAAGAGGGUGAUGGACGCCAUCAACGCGGCCCGCGCCCGCCAGCAGAGGCUGCACGCCCAGACUUUCCACGGCGAUGCCCUGUUGCCCGAGGAGGACGCGGCAGCCGCCGGCGACCGGAGGCCCGCCCCGGACACCUGGAUUUACCCUCUGAUCCAGAUGAAGCCCUUUGAGAUCCAGAUUGACGAGCUCGUCACCGGGACGCUGCUGACCGAGGCCGAGCGAGGGGCCAAGGUGUACCUCACCACGGGCUACUUCAACCUGACCCAGGCCUACGUGGACCUGGUGUUGGGCGCGCGGGCCGAGUACCAGAUCCUGCUGGCCUCCCCGGAGGUGAACGGCUUCUUCGGGGCCAAGGGCGUGGCGGGCGCCAUCCCGGCGGCCUACGUGCACAUCGAGCGGCAGUUCUACGGCCAGGUGUGCAGCCUGGGCCAGCAGGAGCGCGUGCGGCUGCGCGAGUACCGGCGCAGGGGCUGGACCUUCCAUGCCAAAGAGGCUCGGAGAGCGCCUUCUGUGACGGCGCUUCGCGCUGCCCGCAGCUUCGCCUGUCUUAGCCUGUCCCGCAGCCGCUUCCCUGAAGCUGUGCCGACGACACGGCGACCCCCUGGCCGGUUCCUGUGGAAGCAGAGGCCCCGGCCGGCUUCUCCAGCGCGCCUCGCCUUCUCCCGGACGGCCGCUCAGCCCGCUGGGGCGGGGCGCUGGACUCCUGGGAGUCCGGGGCACGAGCUUAUUCCGCAGGACCAGUGCAAACACGCCCGUGGCCCCAGCAGCCCCUGCGGGCCCUGCUCCGCCCAGGCAGGUGCCCUGGGGCAGCUCCAGCCCCGGCGGGGCCGGGGCGGCGGGGCCGUCAGUCAGCCGGGGUCAGGCCCGGGCGCCCCAGCCUGGCGGCCGCGUGGCGCUGACCGAGAUGUUCUGGAGGUAAAUCAGCUCUCGGGAGGUCUGGGGACAGUUUUGUCGCCUCGCCUCAACAUGUCGGUGUGGCGUGUCGUUCAGACCCUGAAGGCCAUGCUGGACAGCCUUCGGCCUGCGGCCCCUGCUCCGGCUGGCGCUCGCUGCCCCCGAGAGCGGUGCCGGCCUCCGGGGCUGCGGUGA